AUGGAUAUAAAUAAGGAAAAUGAGGAUGAAAACAAAACACUAGACAAAAAGCAAAUUGAGGCAGAAGAAAAAGAAGUUAUGCUAAAAGUUGAAGAGGCCAAUAUCAAUCCUGCCGAGUUCAAAGCGGAUGAAGGCCCUGUUAAGACAGCUCUUUCCGGUGAUUUAACAGAGCAAGGUCGCGAAGUAAAGCCAAAGUUUAUACCUAUAGGCGCUAUUAAGAUGCCGGGUUUUUUCACUAAGAAUUCUGAUAAAGAUAAAUCUAAAGACGAAGAAGCAGCUAUUGAAAAAGAUACAGACCAUGAGAAGUCUGAUGAGAGUACUCAAGUUAAAGAACCCCGCUUCCAAUUUUUUAAUAAAAUGAAGAAGUUCUUAAACCAUUCUGAAGAUGGUGAAGACAAAGAAGAACGGAAAAAGGGUGGUCUGUUCAACUUGAAAUACCCAAAGGUUUUUCAAAAAAAUGAAACUGACAAUGCAGAAAUUACUCUUGCAUCUAUGGAGACAUUGGACGAUAAGCUAGACACAACUAAUGAUGGCAUGGAGACGGUAAAGCUGGAGUCACCUGAAACAGAAGAAGGAAAAGUUGUUACCGCUCUCCCACUUAGAGAAAGAAUUCGUCAGAGGAAAUUUAUCGUAGAUGAUAUCAUGGUUUGCAUCAUAGUUCUACUGGUCAUGCUUGCCGUUAUCAUAGCGAUUGUGGUUGGAGCUAGGGCCGGACCACCGAUAGAACGGCCUCUGCGUCUAGGACGUUUCAUUACCACUUUUACAAGUUGUGGACCUGUUGAAGGAGUCUUGGAUGAAGGAGUCUACAAGUUUUACAGUAUACCUUAUGCUGUUCCACCAGUUGGACAAAGAAGGUUCACAUAUGCUCAACCCUUAAAUAAUAUCUCCCAUUGCUGGAAUGAUACUUUAAAUGCAAGGAGAAAAGGUCCUCUAUGCCUACAAUUUCUGGAAAAUGUUACCAUCACAGGUGACGAAAACUGUUUGACACUUGACGUGGUUACUCCUCACGUAAGGUAUGAUACUCCAUUACCAGUUGUGGUUCUAAUUGGAGCCAAUUCAUUGACUGGUGGCAUAAGUCCAGCGCAGCCCUCCGCAUUGUAUGCCCGCACUAAAGAAGUUGUAUUCGUACGUCCCAAUUUUAGAUUGGGUCCUUUUGGAUUCCUGGCUCUUGAUGUUUUGUCAAAUAGUAGAUAUCCCGCUAUAUCUGGAAAUUACGGCCUCAGUGAUUUAUUAGCAGCAUUGCAAUGGGUACAGUUAAACAUUAAACACUUUGGAGGUGACCCAGAUUCAGUAACACUAUUGGGUCACAGAGCGGGUGCAACAUUGACGGCUGCUUUGACAACUGUUAGUCAAGCUCAGAAGUUAUACUCCAGAGUAUGGCUUUCUUCUCCUUCAGUCAUAUUUCCUGGGGAACCACUAGAACAAUCCCAAAAAUUAAAUGAUAGGUUCAAGCCAAUGACCAAAUGUAAUGAUGCUGAAUGUCUGCGUCGUAUAUCUACAACACAAAUUCUAACCCCCGAUAUUUGGUUGGAGUCCAAUAUGGGAGAUUUACCUAAACUUAACGAGCCGAGGCAUACGUUGUUAGUAUUAGAUGGAGAAUUGCUUAGAAUCCAUGCAUAUGAUACCUGGAAAGAAGCAAAAUUAUCAGGGAAAGAAAAAGCUUUCAAGCCUAUUGUAUUCGGAACAACACAACAUUCUAGUCAGUCUGUUCUCUUAAUGAAAAAGUAUUUGAAAUGGGCCCCCAAUAUUGUAGAGAAAGUGGUAAAUGAUAGUGUUAUUGGCGAGAAGAAUUUAACAUCUUCUGUAUUUACACACGUGAAUAAAAGUUACGAAGGUUUGGUGGAGUUAAUCUCAUCCAUCCGUACAUUAUGUCCUUUAGUAAGUCUUGCUCGAAUGCGUCUUGAAGUUCCGUUGUACGUAGUAAUGGGAACAGGUGCCGGCGGUGGUAAGGGUGGAUCAGGAAUAGCUAAUGUCAACGCCGACAUUGAAGCAAUUCUUGGCACAUUUGAUUCAGAAAAACCAGAGCAACGACGAUUUAUGUCAGCCAUGCAACACCUAUUUUACUAUUACGUCUGGGAUGGCCAUUUACCGGGGCCUGAGAGCAGUUUAAUGCAGGUAGGCCAAGAUGUACUUCCUCUAAAUGGUAUCCCACUAUGCGAUUUACUCAUUAAAGAAGAUAUUGUACCAAGGUAUGCACACAUUGACUAA